CUCGACUCUAUUUUGCGUAAAAGACUUUUCUUCUUUCAGAAGUUUCCUUCUCUUCUAUUUUAAUCUUCUUUCUUACUUGGAGAUUCACGAGUUUGUCGGAUCGAUCCAUUUUAACUCGGAUCCAUGACUACGACUAGGCGAAAAAGCACACACUGGUGUAAUACUUGUAGACGAGGAAUCCAUCUUCAAGGAGAAGGCAGAAGAGGAGGAGCUUGCAUUUACUGUGGUAACACCUUUCUUGAAAGGCUCUAUGAGAAUGUGGAACUAAGCCCUUUUGAUUUAUUCGGAUUAGCCUUUGAAGAAGCUCGUAACCGUCCCAACAACAGAAGAUCGGUUCUUGGAGACCAACUAAGUUUUGAAGAGUUGUUUAACCGGCUCCCAGCACAAGACCGUCGUGGUCCUCCUCCAGCUUCACUAGCCGCGAUUAACUCAUUGCAAAAGAUCAAAAUCAGGCAGAAGCAUCUCGGUUUGGAUCCAUAUUGUCCGGUUUGCCAAGACCAGUUUGAAAUCGGAUCGGAUGCAAGAAAGAUGCCGUGUAAACAUAUCUACCAUUCGGAAUGUAUACUCCCGUGGUUAGUCCAACGUAAUACUUGCCCCGUCUGCCGCAAAGAACUACCACAAGACCGGAGUAAUGGCCGGAAAAAUCCAUUGUGGCAUCUGUGGCCGUUCAGGUCCUCUGGUUUGGCCUCAAACCACAAUGGAUUACCUUUCCAUUGAGAUGCUUUUGAAUCAUUCCAUGUAGUGUAUAUAAAUGUCAUUUUAUUUUAUCUAAAAUUGUUGGUUUUUCAAUAUUUUGGCAUGUACAAAGGGUUUUUUGUAGCUUACUAUACGAUUUGUAGUCUUAUGUACUAAUGUAUAAAAUAUUAUUUAUCAG